AUGGAAUCAUCGUUUAACAGCGACAAACCUGUUGAUAUAAAUUAUUUUAAUCCCAUUGAAGGAAUACAAUUCGAUGGAAAAUCAUUUGCACUUUAUGAUCCAAAUUUUAAAAUUGAAAACCACGUGAAUAUAUCAUUUCAAUUACAAACAUUUGCACAUAAUGGUCUCAUAAUGUGGUUAGGAGAUCCAUUUCCAGAAAAUAGUUUUACAAUUGAAAUUCAAAAUAAACAGCUUGUUGCACGUAUUGUUGCCAAUGGACAACCCUUUAGUGUUCGUACUGAAUUUACUAAAAAUCGCCUGUGUAACGGUGUAUGGCAUUUUGUAACUGUCCGUUUAGAUGAUAAUGUUUUGACGAUGAAAGUUGAUAAACGAAAUUUUAUAAAAACUGAACCACGUGUAACUGAUAUUCAAAUGAGAGGACCGCUAUUUAUAGCCGGCUAUUCUGAACAAUAUUCACCACAGUAUAUUUCCGUGAGAGUUAAUGACUUUUUUCGUGGUAAUUUACGAAACUUGAAAAUAAACAAUUUACAAGUUGAUUGGUUAGCACCAAAAAAUACAUUAUUAGCAGCUACACCAGAAUUUCAUUCGUUAUUUGAUGAUCGAAUAAACUAUAAUCAUCAACACCAUCAUCAUCAACAACAACCUUUAAUAAAGAACUCAACUGUAUUCGAUAGUUCUCGAAUUAAUAAUUAUAAUAACAGUAGUUCAAAACACUAUCAAACAGUCACUACAGCGACAACCACCGCCACAAAUCAAUUCUUAACUUAA